GGCGCCGGCCCGAGCCGCCGCCCCCUCCUCCUCAAAGCUCCCCAAUGCGGCGCGGCCAAAGAAGGGCAAGACAUCGGCGAAGAAAAACAAGGCGGCGGACGACUCCGGCACCUCCAAGGCGAAGAGGAAGAAGCUUGCGGGGCGUGCGACGGGCGCGGCGGCUGCCGAAGCGCCGGCAAGCUCACUCGUUGAGCUGGCGGCCGGCGCGCACAACAUGUUCGACGAAAUGCCUCCAAGUCUCAAUGAUGAUGCAUACAUGUCAACGAUGGGUGUUGGCUCCAACAAUUCGCAUUGGUCUCAAAUCAAUGACAUGCAUUUUCAAGACCAUGAGUUCGAGGUGGACAAGGAGGGUGAGGGCAUUGUCGACGCACCGAAAGGAAGAGCGGGCAAUUACACCAACACCGAUGACAUCUUACUAUGCAAUACUUGGUUGCAAGUGUCGAGGGAUCCAUCCAUUGGAGGUGAUCAAAGUAGAGAUGCUUAUUGGAACCGGAUUAAGGAACACUUUGAUGCUCGCAACGUGAGUGGAAUUGACCGCUCCAACCGAUCACUUAGUUGGGGCGCGCCAUUGGUGCGCCACCUGAAAGGGAGUUUGGCUGUGCCUGGUAGGUGGCAGCAGCUUUCAUUUGCCUUUUGUGGUCUGGAUAACACUUGUGCUGGUAACUGUUGCUGA